AUUUUCAUUUAGAUGAACUGGAAUUUCUAGAAUAACUAAAUAAAUAAAUUCAAAAUACUAAUAAAAACUGUUAGUAGUAUAUCAAUAACUAAAUGUCCAUUUACACCAUUUUAACUAAAAACGGAAAUCUUUUUAUGCAUUUUGGGGGCCUGAAAACGGAAACUUUUGAAAACGGGUUUCAAAGUGCAAGUUUGUGAAAACAAUACCUUUAUCGUCUCCAUGUAAACUACAAAAACACAAAUUUGUGAAAAAACGGUGACGUCAUAUGCAUGUAUGCAGAAUACAGUGUUUUUUUUUGUUUUCGAGUUUUGACAAUGUUGUUGUCUGUAUGCGAAAAAUGCAAAGAAGAAACUUUUCCAUUUUUAGUACAAAGUUGUUGUGUAAUGGUACCCUAUAAUAACACUGGGUAACAUUGCAAAUGUAAGUAAAUGUUGAUUGAUGCAGGUCACAUCUACCUGAGAUUUAUAUAUAUUACGUUAAACAGUUAACAAUCUGACAAUUAUGAAUCCGUUUGUUUUUUUAAAUGUUGAUGUUGUGAACAGUUACUUUUAUUAAGUAGUGUAAGGAGAGUGAUCAGAGAACACAUGAGGACAUAGCAGUAAAACUGUCAUUAAAAGCACAGGAAGUGCUAUAUCAAGCCAUUUAUGGUGUCGAAAGCACAAAAAACAGAAACAAAAAAGUUUAAUUCUUCACUUGAUCCAUAUGCUUUAUCUCAAACCUUUUCUUUUAAUGGCUUUGUAAGCUUGAUGCUGUUUUCCAGAUGGCUAUGUACCAUUAUAAAUCUGUCUUGCAUGUCAAGCAACUAUGUUAUAAUAUGAAGAUUUAGAAGCGUUAAUCUUACCUGCUAACAAACAGUACAUAUGUUUGACUAAUUGGGCAUAUACGUCGCAAUGCUGCAUGACUUGAUAUAUCGUAUAUAUUUUGUAUUUUAUUAACUUAUAUUCCUUUAGCUCAUACUGUAUUCUGAAAUGGACUGAUCGCUGAUCACAAAGGCACAUGCUUUCAUUUUAGGCAUAGCAUCAAAAGAUACUGCUAGCAUCUGUCUGUCUGAUCAGUGGUGCCAAUACAGAAAAACACUAAGAUUUGGGAUGUCUCUGUUGAGGGCAUUUAAUGAAUGCAGCAAAACAAUAUUCGAUCUUUAACACUCUUGACACAUGAAAGCUUACAGUAUAGUCUCAAAUAUACUGUAAAUAAUGCAUGCAAUUUGGUUGCAACUCGCUAAUGGAUAUAAAAUCAUCCAAAGUUCUUUAAUCUGAUGCAGUUUAUGUUUAUAUUCAAUAUAGUUAGUGGAGAACAGGUGGCACCAGUCAGCAAUCUAUAUGCAUUUUUGCUAUUGUAUUAGUGUCCUUUUUCAGAUUAUUCUAUUAACUAAGAUUUUCACUACACUGAAAGGCACGGUGCGUGAGGAGAACUAUCAAAGAACGCAUGAGGACGUAUGAGUAAUGCAUCAGCAGUAAAACUUUCAUUAGGAGCACAGGAAGUGCUAUAUCUAGCCAUGAUGCCGAAACAACAACAACAAAAAAUGGAAACAAAAAAGUUUAAUCCUUCACUUGAUCCAUAUGCUUUAUCUCAAACCUUUUCUUUUAAUGGCUUUGUAAGCUCGAUGCUGUUUUCCAGAUGGCUAUGUACCAUUAUAAAUCCGUCUUGCAUGUCAAGCAACUAUUUUAUGUUAUAAUAUGAAGAUUUAGUUACCUGCUAUCUGCUUUUUCUGCAGAUUGUUUUAGUUGCCAGUUGUGUGACCAAGACACUUGGAUGAAUAUAAAACGAUGGUAAAGCUGGCAAAAGCACUAUAUUCAAAGGUCAUUAUUUUAGUGAACAGAGAUGCAUUUUAAUGCACAGUGACCAUACAAGUAUAAAAACAAAAAAAAUUUUAGCUUCUUGUGCGAUUGAAAGAUGCAAGUCAACGCAUUCAUUUAUUGAGGGGAUAUUUCCACCUUCCAGACUUAUCAAAUAAAUGAAUUCAUGUCAAGUACUAUUGUUUAAAAAGGCUGUUUAAAACAAUGGAGAACUAUGAAUUUAUUUGGUUCAUCAGACAAGAUAUAUAAAUAUCUCAUAAGCAUUUUAAGACAUUUGAUUUGAUUUGCAUUCCAUGUCAUGUCCACGAUGCUCACUCAAGACCACAAGACAAGUUUGCCCAAAGUCCCUUGUUCAUUCUUUUGAAGGACUAAGCAAAAGGAGAAAAAGAUGGGGUUAUUUUGGCGAUGGAGAUUAAGGCAGAGGGGGGCUUUUUGUCAUUUGUGCGAGACAAGCCAUUCAUCCAUCCCCCGUUCAGAGCCCAAAAAAAAGGCUGGUCCCAGAAAUUAGCAGUUUCAGCUCAGCAGCAGAGGCGUCGGGCUGUGAAGGAACAGAGAAAUUGACUAAUUAGCAAUGCGCACUAAAACUUGACGGUUCUCUCCAUAACGCAGAGAGAAAGAGAGGAAAGACUCGCCUUUUCUCCUCUCCUCUUUUUCCAUAGAUGUUUGAAAUCGCAGUCAUUUACGCUCGACAGUUUUUACAAUAGCCUUGAGCCAUAAUUUUGCGAGUCUCUCCAGCAUCCAUACCCCUGCGCGGUCUCUCUCCACCGGCCAUGCGCGUCCGUUUCUCUCCCCGACCGUGGAUUUCCUAUUACUCUCGUUACGACUCACUGAGCCCCAGGCCCAAGGAUAAUGAUGUGUUGUUUCUUGGUAGCAUAAUUUGUCACACGUAUAUUUCUUCUUCUUCUUCUUCUUCUUCUCUUGCAGAAAGCACACAGCUCCUCUCACACUCACACACACUUCUUCUUCUUGUUAAUUCAGAGGAAACAUAAAUGAUCAAUGAGCUUGAAUGAGCGGGGAUCAAUGGUUAGGAUUCUGAUCCAUAGAUCAUAGACUUUUCCAACAGGACUGAACAAAGAAAGUGCACAGAAGGAGCCGCGGCUUUACUUUUCUUUAAGUCAGGUAAGUUUUGGAUACCUACUACUAGCAUUCGGUACGGGUGCGCACUGUGCGUAAAUUUUCCACGGGCUGAAAGUUGCCGUUUCUUCUGGUGUUCUGUCUCAGACUGGGUGAUAAAUACCGCGCGUGCGAUUGCAUUGUGUUGUUGCCGACCAAAGCGAUGCGCAACCGCACAUCUAUGGUGGUGAUGCUGAUGUUGCGGGAGACAAACUAAUUGCUUUUGUAUCGCAUAUCGGGGGGAAUGUGUGCAUGCAUUUAUGUCUUGUAAGAGGGGGUGUGUGUGUGUGUGUUCGCGAGGCCGGAUAACAGAUAGCGGGCAGUUUGGAGGCUACAUCGCGGGCUUUGCAUAGUUUGUUUCAGCCCGCAGCGACCAUCGGAUUUGACGAGCUCACGAACGCAUGCACGAGACGUAUAGAUGGGUAUGCAAGUAUUCGUGUGGUUUGUUUAAAAGCGCCUGAUGCGUGCUGCAAACUUAAUUCGUUAGCAUGCAUGCGUUAUAUAUACGGUUGAGAACUUGCUUGCAUGCAUGCAUGAAUGAGAUGCUUUCAGAAUGCAUAUGCUUCAGUUCCAUGCAGUGUAGUGCACCAAUGGCAUUAUUUACUCGCAGGAGGUGUGCGCAGCCCCGAAGUCAUGUCCAGAUCGGGUGACCGAACCUCCACGUUUGACCCGACUCACAGCGACACUCUGCUGCACGGUCUCAACCUGCUGUGGAGGAAGCAGCUCUUCUGCGAUGUGACUCUCACGGCGCAGGGACAGCAGUUCCACUGCCACAGAGCCGUGCUGGCGUCCUGCUCGCAGUACUUCAGGUCCCUGUUCUCCACGCACAUGCUGAGCAGAGAAGACGGGCUGGCGGCGAAGGACCAAGGCAGCAGCGGCACCCCGUCCUCCUCCCCCGACGACAAGCUCCUGCCCAGCCCGCGCUCCACCAUCAACAACCUGGUUCUGCAGGGCUGCUCCUCCAUCGGUCUGCGGCUGGUGCUGGAGUACCUCUACACGGCCAACGUCACCCUCUCCCUGGACACGGUGGAGGAGGUGCUCUCCGUCAGCAAGAUCCUCAACAUCCCCCAGAUCACCAAACUCAGCGUGCAGUUCCUCAACGACCAGAUCUCGGUGCAAAACUACAAGCAGAUCUGCAAGAUCGCAGCUCUGCACGGGCUGGACGAGACCAAGAAGCUCGCCAACAAGUACCUGGUGGAGGACGUGCUCCUCUUGAACUUUGAGGAGAUGUGCGCCAUGCUGGACGCCCUGCCUCCGCCCGUGGAGUCGGAGCUGGCGCUCUUUCAGAUGUCCGUGCUGUGGUUGGAGCACGACAGGGAGACCAGGAUGCACUACGCUCCCGACCUGAUGAAGCGCCUGCGUUUCGCCCUCAUCCCUGCCCCGGAGCUGGUGGAGAGGGUGCAGUCGGUGGACUUUAUGAGGACUGACCCCGUGUGCCAGAAACUGCUCCUGGAUGCCAUGAACUACCACCUGAUGCCCUUCAGACAGCACUGCAGACAGACCACGGCCAGCAGGAUUCGCUCAAACAAACGGAUGCUCCUGUUGGUUGGGGGCCUGCCUCCGGGUCCCGACCGCCUCCCUAGUAAUCUGGUUCAGUACUACGACGACGAAAAGAAGACAUGGAAAAUCCUUACAAUAAUGCCGUAUAACAGCGCCCAUCACUGUGUCGUUGAGGUGGAGAACUUCCUGCUUUUAUUGGGUGGAGAAGACCAGUGGAACCCAAAUGGCAAACACAGCACUAACUUUGUAAGUCGGUAUGAUCCGAGAUUCAAUAGCUGGAUACAACUACCGCCCAUGCAGGAGAGGAGAGCGAGUUUCUUCGCUUGCUGCCUGGAUAAGCACUUGUAUGUUGUUGGGGGAAGGAACGAGACAGGUUAUCUGUCUAGUGUCGAAGCCUAUAACCUUGAGACAAACGAAUGGAAUUACGUUUCGUCUCUUCCACAGCCGCUGGCUGCACAUGCAGGCGCCGUGCACAAUGGGAAAAUAUACAUCUCAGGUGGGGUUCACAAUGGCGAAUAUGUGUCUUGGCUAUACUGCUACGACCCCGUGAUGGACGUGUGGGCUCGGAAACAGGACAUGAACACUAAGCGAGCCAUACACGCUCUUGCAGGCAUGAACGACCGCCUCUACGCUAUUGGGGGCAACCACUUAAAGGGAUUCUCUCAUCUGGAUGUGAUGCUGGUUGAAUGCUAUGACCCUAAAGCAGAUCAGUGGAAUAUCCUGCAAACGCCCAUCUUGGAGGGACGCAGCGGGCCUGGAUGUGCUGUUCUUGAUGACAGUAUUUACUUGGUUGGGGGCUACAGUUGGAGCAUGGGGGCAUACAAGUCAUCCACCAUUUGUUACAGUCCAGAGAAAGGCACAUGGACAGAAAUGGAAGGAGAGGUGGCUGAACCUCUAGCCGGGCCGGCCUGUGCCACGGUCAUACUGCCGGCCUGUUUACCGUUUAACAAAUAACUAUAUAGAAUGGCGAAGAAUGCGGCCGAGAAGAGGAGAAACCUGUCGGGAUGGAAAGUCAAUCGCUAAAUGAAUCAAACAAACGAGGAGACUCUCCCUACGGAACGCCCCCAGCUUUUGAACAGGAGGUGAUGAGCUGUACAGAUUAUUAUUUUUUUACUGGUCUGACAAGAGCACUUUGUUUCUUUCAUACUUAAAAGUUUUAAACUGAUAUAAUCAUCAACUUUGCGUAUUUGAUGCUCACGUGUGUUGACAUUCAACUGCUCACAUUCAAUCCUUUUUUUUAUCGUAAAUGUUUUUUGCUUAACUUGACACGGCACGCAUACUUUUUCGAACCAAAUCGAUGUAGCUUCCAUACGUACUUUGUAUUUUGUGGAAAUCGCUGAUCAAAGACAAUGCUGAAGUGGGUUGAGAGAGGAAUACUCAUGUUUUUACAAGCAAAACUCAUGAUUCUGUGUACACUGUAGAGUAGAUAUCAGCUAUUUAAUAUAUAUCACACCACGUCUGCUUGUUAUUGAUAUUGCCGCCAUACUUAAGUGGCACAUUGUACAGAUGAGAGGGGAAUAAAUGUCAGUUAUUAAAAAAAAAAAGACAUUUCAGUAAAACACAAGUUAUGAUUUAUUGUUUGAACAAUCAGUAUAUUAUUUAUUUAGCCAUGUGGUAUAUAUGCAUGGCGUGAAGUGGAAAGCUUAUUGUGUUAUACUGUGGGUACUUAUUUGUUUAUGUUAAUAUCUGUUCAUAUCUCACAGUGCCUAUUUUAAACAUCAGGCUGCUUUGUUUCAUAAAAUCGCCCAUUAUAAAAUCAGACAUUUUAAAUCAUAUAAAUUAUUGGCCUGAUUGGUUUCUCUGAGACGUGAUAUGAAGUCUGAAUUUGUUGCACUGGUGUUUGUUGGCCCUUUUGAUGAGAAAAGGGAAUGUUUUUCAUUGUUGUAAAUAAUCGCUUGCAGUGGAACAUUUUUGUGCUCAUGGGAUUUAUUCUCAAAUCCUGUUAUGUUCUUUACAUUUAGUCUAUGAAAAUAAAAACUGAAUUUCUGGAUCAAUAA